UGUAAGAUGGUGGCUAGAAGGCGCUGCUACUAAACACACAGAGGCUAAAAAGAAAAGGCAAGGCAAUUUAUCAACAAAUCAUUUCAGACCUGAAAGAACAAGACACAGGAAGAUUUCAAAGUGCCUGCUUACACAGACCUUGGCGGUUUAGAAAGAUAAUAAAUCCCCAGCCCCAUUUGGUGUGACUAUCCCGUGGAGAAGGAAUACCAGCAGCAGAGACAGGCCCUGCCACGCCCCGUGAGAAAGCCCGCCCCUUGCCACGCCGUAGGAUGUCCCGCAGCCCCGAGGUGAAGGAUGACCCCAUGGAGUGCCCCCUCUGCAUGGAGCCCCUGGAGAUCGACGACAUCAACUUCUUCCCCUGCACCUGCGGCUACCAGAUCUGCCGCUUCUGCUGGCACCGAAUCCGCACAGACGAGAACGGGCUGUGCCCCGCCUGCCGGAAGCCUUACCCAGAAGACCCGGCAGUGUACAAGCCUCUCUCCCAGGAGGAGCUGCAGAGGAUAAAGAACGAGAAGAAGCAGAAGCAGAACGAGCGCAAGCAGAAGAUGACGGAGAACCGCAAGCACCUGGCCAGCGUGCGCGUGGUGCAGAGGAACCUGGUGUUCGUGGUGGGGCUGUCGCAGAGGCUGGCCGACCCCGAGGUUCUAAAGAGGCCAGAGUACUUUGGGAAGUUUGGGAAAAUCCAUAAAGUGGUCAUCAACAACAGCACUUCAUAUGCGGGCUCACAGGGUCCUAGUGCCAGUGCCUACGUCACCUACCUACGAUCUGAAGAUGCCCUUAGAGCUAUACAAUGUGUCAACAAUGUAGUAGUCGAUGGUAGGACACUUAAAGCAUCUUUAGGUACAACAAAAUACUGCAGUUACUUUCUAAAAAGCAUGCAGUGCCCCAAGCCAGACUGCAUGUAUCUACACGAGCUGGGGGACGAGGCAGCCAGUUUCACAAAAGAGGAGAUGCAGGCGGGGAAGCACCAGGAGUAUGAACAGAAGCUCCUUCAGGAACUCUACAAAAUGAACCCCAACUUCUUACAGACCUCAGCAGGGGGAGGGGAGAAGACAAAGAACAAAUCAGGCUCUUCACAGAGGCCCAAUAGUAAUAGCAAAGAGGCGUGGCCGUCGUUACAACCGGGCAAAACGACCAACGGGCUCACCACAGACCACCGCAAGACGCCCCCGCUUCUGGACGGGGGCUCGGACUCGGAGCACAUGACCCCCGACGGGCCUGAGGUGGAGCUGGGGCUGGGCCUGGGACCGGCCGCCGCCCUCUCCCCCUUCUCCACGAACUGCGACCCCGCCAGCCCCAGCGACAAACCCCCAGAAUCCAUUAGUAUAGGAAAUGGUGAAACUAUACAACAGAUCCCAAAUAGUGAAUCCCCCUCGCCCCCUCCUGGCCUCCCCAAGCCCAGCCUGCUGGUUCCGAUCAGCGUGUCAGACCUCACGGCACGCUCCCCCUUUGAGGGGGCGGCGGCUGAGUCGCAGUCCCUCUUUUCCGACAACAGCAACUUCCGGCACCCCAACCCCAUUCCCAGCGGCCUGGCCCCGUUCCCCAGCUCCCCGCAAGGCCACCCAGAUUGGCCCACGGCCCCCGAGCCCCAGAGCCUCUUCACAUCAGACACGAUACCGGUGUCGUCAUCUACAGAUUGGCAAGCGGCCUUCGGCUUCGGCUCCUCCAAGCAGCAAGAGGACGAUCUCGGGUUCGACCCCUUCGACAUCACCCGCAAGGCGUUGGCCGACCUCAUCGAGAAGGAGCUGUCCGUGCAGGACCCAUCUCCCCUCCCGCCCGGGGUCCUCCACGGGCCCCUCCACGGCCCCCUCGCCAAAGGCGGCCCUGGAGCCGGCGGCCUGCCCCCCAACGCCCACUUCCCCAAUUCGGGCCUGCCCCAGCACCUGUCGCAGUUCCAGCACCGGGCCGUGUACGGGUCGGUCAGCCUCCCCGGCCAGCACACCCGGCACCCCUGGAUCGGACCGCCCACGCGUAAUAACCUCGUGCACUUGAACCACACGGCGAAUGCCACCUCAAAUAGCAAUUUCUUGGACUUAAAUUUGCCAGGACAGCACAGUACGGGGCUCGGAGGGAUCCCCAUGACAGAAAACAGCGCCUCUGUAGAAAGUAUAAACAUGAAAGAGUGGCAGGAUGGCCUCCGAGCACUCCUACCCAACAUCAACAUCAACUUCGGGGGGCUGCCAAACUCUUCCUCCUCAUCCUCCUCCUCAUCCUCAUCCUCCAGUGUCAACCACACGGGGGUGCCGGGCACCUCGAGGGGUGUCUCGCACAGUCUGAGCUGGGACGGGACAGCCAGCUGGAUGGACCCCGCCAUAAUCACAGGUAUCCCAGCAUCCUCGGGAAACAGUCUGGACUCCCUCCAGGACGACAACCCGCCACACUGGCUCAAAUCCCUGCAGGCGCUCACUGAGAUGGACGCUCCGGGCUCCACAGCGCUCUCCCAGGCCCCGCACAGUGGCCCCUUCAGCAGUACACAGAUCCCCCUCCACAGAGCCGGCUGGGCGCCCUACCCGCCCCCCACGCCCAGUUCCGCCAGCCAGUUUCACUCACCCCCGCCCGGAUUCCAGACGGCCUUCAGACCCCCAGCCCAGCCCCCCACAGACCUGCUACAGACCGCAGGCAUGGACCGCCACUAGGGGGCAGCACAAGCCAUCCCAAACACAGACACAAAAUCAGCAGAUUACAAAACGAAACUAUUAACAAAAUAAUAACAAGAUUAUAUAUUCUUUUUUUCCUCCUUAUCUUCUGAUCUGUUUCUGAAGACCUGUUUUUUUUUUUUCUUUUGUGAAACGCCCUAUCCCAGCCCCACUGCCUGGUCUUGUCCUGCAUCAAUUUGAUCACUGGUUUAUUUGCUGCCGAAGCGGCGAGAUUCCUGUCUGGGCAAGUAUAGCUGACGUCUCGGUCCUGUGAAGCAAAGGAUGAGGGAAAGCUAAGUCUGGCUUUAAUUUAACGACAGGAGUGAUAAGGAGACACUGGAGACUGCCUCAUCGAUGCUGUAGAAAUUGCAUGUGUAGAACCGCCAACGGAGGAAAAAAUACUAGCUGGUUACAUACAGAUACCAGCAUAGAAUGGGGUGUUUCAGUGUAAUCAGGAUGAGAAAAGAAGUUAGUGACAAGUCUGCCUUUAAAGAUAUGCCAAAUAAUUGCUCUUUGUACUCUACCUGUACUGGCAGAACUGGUCCUGGCCAGUGCCAAAGGCCAAGUAGAGAGUCGGGUCUGGUGCCCAACAGUUAUGAGGCUUAGAUCAUUUGACCAGGUUGGUACUCUGCAUUACUUAAUUUUACUGGAUCAAAGAAACUUGGAAACUCUGAAUCUGUUGGGCGCAUUGGUUGUGUGAGCUUCACUACGAGUACUCUGAUUGGUGGAGAGGGAGGGAGUGGCAUUUAAAGGGUUCUGUCCCCCUUCCCCCCCCCCC